CGGGGCUGCUCCGCUCCUCUCUCUCUUCUCCACUUUUAUAUACACGAUCUUUUACAACCAUGAAGAAAAAGGUACUAUUGAUGGGUAAGAGCGGCUCGGGAAAAACGUCCAUGCGCUCCAUCAUUUUCAGCAAUUACAUUGCACGCGACACCCGACGGCUUGGUGCUACAAUUGACGUUGAGCAUUCAAACGUUAAAUUCCUUGGCAAUCUUGUACUCAACCUAUGGGAUUGUGGAGGACAAGAAGCGUUCAUGGAAAACUACUUUGCAUCACAAAAGGAUCGUAUAUUUAAGAACGUCGAAGUGCUUAUCUACGUAUUUGACGUCGAAAGUCGGGAUUGGGGCAGUGAUCUGCAUUAUUACCAAUCGUGCUUGGAUGCCAUCCGGGUUAACUCUAAAGAUGCCCGGAUAUUUUGCUUGAUACAUAAAAUGGAUCUUUUACCAGAACAACAACGUGAUCAGAUAUUUGAUGACCGUAUCAAGGAAUUACGCACCCGUUCUGAACCAUUGCAAAUACGAGGAUUCCGAACAUCCAUUUGGGAUGAAACAUUGUAUGCAGCAUGGUCCCAAAUCGUCCAUUGUUUGAUACCCAAUAUCCGUACGCUCGAGUCACAUCUGGAAUACUUUUGUCGCACAUGCGAUGCAGAUGAGGUCGUGCUUUUUGAACGGACAACGUUUUUGGUGAUCGCAAAUGCAGCUACAGUAGACCAUCAGGACCUUCAUCGGUUUGAAAAGAUUAGCAACAUUAUAAAGCAGUUUAACUUGGGAUGCAGUCGGUCACAGACACGAUUCAAGAGCAUGGAAAUACGCGGAAGCUCCUUUACUGCAUUCAUCGAUGUUCUGACAAACAACACUUAUGCCAUGGUGGUCAUGUCUGAUCCAAACAUACAAUCCGCAGCAACUUUGUUGAACAUUGCAGCUGCUAAAAAGCAUUUUGAAAAAUUGGAAGCAACCCGUUAAAAAAAAGGAAAGAACAAAACAGCAUCAUCAUCAUAAUCAUUUGCUAUACCUACUAUUAUAUGUACAUUUUGGAUAUCGCGCUAAAAAAAAGACGCAUUCAAAAAACAAAGAACAAGAACUCAGUUCCCAGUUCCAUUGUCUCGGAGCCGCGGCAGGAUACGGAAUUUGAUCGAGGAUAUAGCUUUAGUUGUUUGUAUAUAUAAACCACAAUUCUUGAAAAUGAAUAAAAAGACGAGAGAAAAGCCCGUACAUUUGGGGGCAGAAG